GUCUGUAUACGGACCGGAGAAUUUUUCUCAUGAGUAUGCAAUAUUCAAUUGAUUGAGCGUUGAUUGCUGCCAUGUUCUCGGGUUACAUACAUCUCAACAAAAAACCUUCUUCGGUAAUCGCCAAAGGUUAUCAAAUUGAGUAAUGUUCGCGCCCAAUAAUGGACGGGGCCCUUGAGCAACAAGCGGGAAUUCCUAUUCUCUCAAAUUGACAAUUGCAAGUUCGCUUAGAUUGAAACCGUCGCUUGAACGAAAGAACUGACACGAUAGUUCUUCAAGAAGAAGGUGCCGUCUACACCCUUCGUUUCCAUUCUUCCAAUUUAGAUCAGUACAGUACGCGGCCCAAUCUCUGUGCUCUGUAUCUCGAUUCUCCACUCCAAUCCAAUAAAGUCCAAAACUUUGUGCGGGCACCGGAACUCCCCAACUUAUAUUUUGGGAAAGUGGAACUCCCGACUCUAGGAACUCCCAAAUCCCAAUCCAUCCAGGUCCGGCCCCUUUCAUACGUAUGGUCGGUUGUCUUUCUGGCUUAUUUUCCGAACAGGAGUUGCUCGACCAAAUGCCCUGCUCAACUUGCCACCCCGGAUGGAGAACCUUACUUUCUUGGUUCCACUGUCCAAAGAUGAAAGGUGGUUGACUGGUUUCUGGGUGCUCAAAAAGGAUAACAAAGGCAAGACUUGGUAGGUUUCCAGUCUCGGGACUAGUAGGUUGUCCACACGGGAGUGUUUUAUUGCUAAUGGCAACCUAAUCACAGUUUUUCGAAUAGUCAAACUGCUUCUUUCUCUCUUUCCUCUCUCUGAGGUUAAGAACGCUGAAUGAUAACAAUAUCUCACAGGUUCAAUACGUCCUUCAAUCAGUUACCAACCUGCAUCAUGGCAUUAGCAACAUCAUUCCUUCUUUUCUUGUCCUUUUCCUUUUGGUUCAAUGCAUUAGCAACAUCUCAUGCAUCGCCAACCGCUCCAUUUCUCUUCCCUGAAACCAAAUCAACUGUAGUUCCAAAUCCUCGACGUUUCUUCUCUCCCCAUCUCCUCUCGGCUCCUCUUCCCACAAACUCGUUUUUCCAAAACUUUGUGGUCGGAAAAGGUGAGGAACCCGAAUACAUUCAUCCAUAUCUCGUUAAAACCACAACCUCCUCUCUUUCUCUGUCCUACCCAUCUCGCUUGUCCAACUCCUCCCUCGUUCGCCAGGUCUUUGUUCCUGACCUCACCAUCACUUCCUUGAACAAAACUAGCCCACGAUCUAUUCGGAACACACGGCAUAGAAUCUCUUCUUUUAGUGAUCUCAGCGUCACUUUGGAUCUAACUUCCAGUAAUCUCCGCUUCUUCCUCGUUCGGGGAAGCCCUUUCUUGACCUUUCGUACUAUCAGUCGCAGCACCACAGGUCUUUCCAUUUCAACCACCCAUCCCAUCCUCUCGUUCUCUUCCACUGAUUCUCUCACCAAACACACUGCCAAGCUCAACAAUGGCCAGACAUGGCUAUUCUAUACUUCAGUGCCUUUACCUUUGACUCAUAGCACAUCUCAGAUUACUUCCUCGGACUUCUCUGGAGUUAUACGGAUUGCUAACUUACCUGAUUCCAACGCAAAAUAUGAGGCAAUACUUGAUAAGUACAGCCCGUGCUAUCCAAUUUCAGGUCAUGUGGAAUUGACUAUGCCUUUUCGUUUGGAGUACACAUGGAAGAAAGAGGGGAGAGGAAAGCUGCUGCUGCUGGCACACCCUCUCCAUCGCCGCCUGUUGUCAGGCAACAAUGUCUUAGCGGGUUUCAAGUACAAAAGUAUUGAUGGUGAUCUUGUGGGUGUUAUAGGAUAUUCGUGGGUGUUGAAACUGAAACCCGUUCCAGUUACUUGGCAUUCCAUUGGAGGAAUAAGGGGGAAACACUUCCCUGAAAUUGUUUCUGCACUACAAGACGACGUUGAUGCGCUGAAUUCAACAACAAUAUCAACAUCAUCAUCUUAUUUCUAUGGAAAAUCAGUUGCGAGAGCUGCAAGGUUGGCCCUGAUUGCAGAAGAAGUGAGGUUUCCCAAGGCAAUUCCGCUGGUGGCCAAGUUCUUGAGAGAUUCGAUUCAACCGUGGUUAGAUGGAAACUAUGGCAGGAAUGGGUUUUUGUAUGAAAGGCAAUGGAGCGGUCUUGUCACUAAAUUAGGAUCCUCAAAUUCCACCGAGGACUUUGGGUUUGGAAUAUAUAAUGAUCAUCAUUUCCAUUUGGGCUACUUUGCUUAUGCAAUUGCAGUGCUUGCAAAGAUUGACCCGGAAUGGGGGAGGCAGUAUAAGCCACUAGCUUAUUCACUCAUGGCCGACUACAUGAACAUAGGCCUCGGAUCAUUUUCCUAUUCUUUUUAUCCUCAGGUUAGAUGCUUUGAUCUGUGGAAAUUACACUCUUGGGCUGCAGGGCUGUAUAAUUUUUCUGAUGGGCGAAAUCAGGAGAGCACAAGUGAAGCAGUAAAUGCAUAUUAUUCAGCCGCACUGUUGGGAUUAGCCUAUAAAGACAACCAUCUUAAGGGUAUUGGAUCAACACUUGCCGCAUUGGAGAUUCUGUCUGCUCAAACAUGGUGGCAUGUGAGAAAGGGAGACGAUAUGUAUGGGAAAGAAUUCACCAAGAAGAAUAGGUUGGUAGGCAUUUUGUGGGCUAACAUGAGGGACUCCAAACUUUGGUUUGCUCCAGCUGAGUUGAAAGCUUGCAGAUUGGGAAUUCAGGUCCUUCCCAUAUCACCAAUCACAGAGGUAUUAUUCUCUGAUGCUGAUUUUGCUAGAGAUGUUGUUGAGUGGGCAUCCCCAUCUUUGACCUUGAGUGGAGUGGGAGAAAGCUGGAAGGACUUUGUCUAUGCUUUGAAAGGAAUAUACAACUAUGGCAGUGCGAUAAACAGUAUCAGGAAGUUGAAGGUACAUGACGAUGGAAAUUCCCUUGCCAAUCUUUUAUGGUGGAUUCACAGUCGAGGGGGUUGAAAUCUUUAAACAAGCAGAUCUCCUUGAAACAAUUUUCUUAUCUUUCUCUGCAAGCUUCCUUCGAUGGUUGCUCUUAAGUUUUUUGGGUGCUCAAAAUAGUAUCGUCAUCAUUGCUCAUUAGAUGAAUGCAUGAUUUGUCAGUUUAAAUCGAUUACUCGUAUUCAGUUGGAUUUCAAUAAAAUUUUAUUCACUUUAAACC